UUUAUCUCUCCUUUUACAGCAAGGGCGUUGCAUCUGAGAACAACCAUGGGGUGGAAAAUACUUCCCAUCUGCUUGUCGCUGCUGCUUCCUGUUGUCUUGAUUCAACAAGUUUCAUCUCAAGAUUUAUCAAGCUGUGCAGGGAGAUGUGGGGAAGGGUACUCUAGAGAUGCCACCUGCCACUGUGAUUAUAACUGUCAACACUACAUGGAGUGCUGUCCUGAUUUCAAGAGAGUCUGCACUACAGAGCUCUCCUGCAAAGGACGCUGCUUCGAGUCCUUCGCUCGAGGGAGGGAGUGUGACUGUGACUCCCAGUGUAAAAAGUAUGGCAAGUGCUGUGCAGAUUACGACAGCUUCUGCGAAGAAGUGCAUAAUCCCACAUCACCAUCUCCAAAGACUGCACCUCCGCCUCCAGGAGCAUCUCACACCAUCAAAUCAACUACCAAACGCUCACCCAAAUCACCAAAAAAGAAGACUAAGAAAGUUGUAGAAUCUGAGGAAAUAACAGAAGUAAAAGAUAACAAGAAAAACACCCCUAAAAAGAAACCCAAUCCAGAACCACCGGUUGUGGAUGACGCUGGAAGUGGACUGGAUAAUGGUGAGUUCAAGCUCACCCCACCUCCUCCUGACCCUCCUACUACUCCACACAACAAAGUCACCACAUCUCCCAAGACUACAGCAGCAAAACCAGUAACUCCUAAACCCAGUCUUGCACCUAAUUCUGAGACAUCCAAAGAGGCAUCUUUAGUGUCUAAUAAAGAGACAACAGUUGAAACAAAAGAGACUACUGCAACAAAUACACAGUCUUCCGCCAGUAAAAAAAAGACUACUUCAGCUAAAGAGACACGGAGUGCAGAGAAAACAUCUGCUAAAGAUGUUGAACCCACAUCUACAACUCCCAAGAACUCAGCUCCCACUACUACCAAGAAGCCUGUAACUACAACCAAGGAACCAGUUCCUACCACUCCCAAGGAGCCUGAACCCACAACUCCUAAGGAGCCAGUUCCCACCACCAAGAAGCCUGAACCCACCACCCCCAAAGAGCCAGCUCCCACCACCAAGGAGCCUGAACCCACCACCCCCAAAGAGCCAGCUCCCACCACCAAGGAGCCUGAACCCACCACCCCCAAGAAGCCUGAACCCACCACCCCCAAGGAGGCUGAACCCACAACUCCCAAGGAGCCUGAACCCACCACCCCUAAGAAACCUGAAUCCACCACCCCCAAGGAGCCUGAACUCACCACCCCCAAGGAGCCUGAAACCACCACCGCCAAGGAACCAGCUCCCACCACCAAGGAGCCUGAACCCACAACCCCCAAGGAGUUAGCUCCCACCACCCCUAAGGAGGCUGAACCCACCACCCCCAAGGAGGCUGAACCCACCACCCCCAAGGAGGCUGAACCCACCACCCCCAAGGAGCCUGAACCCACCACCCCCAAGGAGCCUGAACCCACCACCCCCAAGGAGCCUGAACCCACAACCAAGGAGCCUGAACCCACCACCCCCAAGGAGCCUGAACCCACCACCCCCAAGGAGCCUGAACCCACAACACCCAAGGAGCCUGAACCCACCACCCCCAAGGAGGCUGAACCCACCACCCCCAAGGAGGCUGAACCCACCACCCCCAAGGAGCCUGAACCCACCACCCCCAAGGAGGCUGAACCCACAACACCCAAGAAGCCUGAGUCCACCACCCCUAAGAAACCUGAACCCACCACCCCUAAGGAGCCUGAACCCACCACCCCCAAGGAGCCUGAACCCACCACCCCCAAGGAGCCUGAACCCACAACCCCCAAGGAGCCUGAACCCACAACCCCCAAGGAGGCUGAACCCACAACUCCCAAGGAGCCUGAACUCACCACCCCCAAGGAGGCUGAACCCACAACUCCCAAGGAGCCUGAACCCACCACCCCCAAGGAGGCUGAACCCACAACACCCAAGAAGCCUGAAUCCACCACCCCUAAGAAACCUGAACCCACCACCCCCAAGGAGCCUGAACCUACCACCCCCAAGGAGGCUGAACCCACCACCCCCAAGGAGCCUGACCCCACCACCCCCAAGGAGGCUGAACCCACCACCCCUAAGAAACCUGAACCUACCACCCCCAAGGAGUCUGAACCCACCACCCUUAAGAAACCUGAACCCACCACCCUCAAGGAGCCUGAACCCACAACCCCCAAGGAGCCUGAACCCACCACCCCCAAGGAGGCUGAACCCACCACCCCUAAGAAACCUGAACCCACCACCCCCAAGGAGUCUGAACCCACCACCUCCAAGACCUCUGAAGUAACAGCUGAGUUUGCUGGGGCACCCACACCAAAGGCAAGUACCACCACUCAAAUCACGUCUACAACUCAAGGUACCACAUCACCCAAAAUCACUACUGUGAAAACAACAACUCUUGCACCCAAAGUAACUGCUCCAGCAGAAGAGAUUCAGAACAAACCUGAAGAAACAACUCCUGCAUCGGAAGAUUCUGAUGAUUCUAAGACAACUCUAAAACCACAGAAACCAACCAAAGCACCCAAGCCUACCAAAAAGCCCACCAAAGCACCCAAGAAGCCCACCUCUACCAAAAAGCCAAAGACACCGAAAACGAGAAAACCAAAAACCACACCAUCUCCUCUAAAGACAACUGCAACAACGCCUGAACUGAAUACCACCCCUCUAGAAGUCAUGCUGCCAACCACCACCAUCCCUAAUCAAACUCCAAAUUCUGAAACAGCUGAAGUAAAUCCAGAUCAUGAAGAUGCAGAUGGAGGUGAAGGAGGAAAACCUCUGAUUCCCAAGGCCCCUGUGCUAUUCCCCACAGCUAUUCCAGGCACUGAUUUCUUGGCCGGGGGACUCAAUCAAGGCAUUAACAUCAGUCCCAUGCUUUCAGAUGAGACCAAUUUAUGCAAUGGUAAGCCAGUGGAUGGACUGACUACGCUGCGCAAUGGGACAUUAGUUGCCUUUCGAGGUCAUUAUUUCUGGUUGCUGAAUCCAUUCAGACCACCAUCUCCACCACGCAGAAUUACUGAAGUUUGGGGUAUUCCCUCUCCUAUUGACACUGUUUUUACUAGAUGUAACUGUGAAGGAAAAACUUUCUUCUUUAAGGAUUCUCAGUACUGGCGCUUCACCAAUGAUGUAGUAGAUGCUGGGUAUCCUAAACAAAUUGUCAAAGGCUUUGGAGGACUAACAGGGAAGAUAGUGGCUGCUCUUUCAAUAGCCAAGUACAAGGACAGGCCUGAAUCUGUGUACUUCUUCAAGAGAGGUGGCAACAUUCAGCAGUACACUUACAAACAGGAGCCAGUGAAGAAGUGCACAGGGAGGCGGCCUGCCAUCAACUACUCGGUAUACGGGGAGGCAGCACAGGUGAGGAGGCGCCGCUUUGAGCGUGCUGUUGGACCUUUCCAGACACACACCUUCAGGAUCCAUUACUCGACGCCCAUGAGAGUCUCUUAUCAAGACAAAGGUUUCCUCCACAAUGAAGUCAAAGUGAGCACAAUGUGGAGAGGGUUUCCAAAUGUUGUCACUUCAGCGAUAACACUGCCUAACAUUAGGAAACCUGAUGGCUAUGAUUACUACGCCUUUUCCAAAGAUCAAUAUUAUAACAUUGAUGUGCCUACAAGAACAGCAAGAGCAAUUACCACACGUUCAGGGCAGACCCUCUCCAAAAUCUGGUACAACUGUCCUUGAACUGAUUGGCAAAAAGUCAUCAAAAUGAAAUGAAGAGAACAGUGAUACCUUUUGAC